AUGCGCAGCGUUUUCCUCCUCGCCGCUUGGGUCGCAACCGCGCAGGCAGCCAGCCUUCCCAUCGUCCCCAGCAAACAGAUUCAUGCUCGGAAUCCCAACAUUGCCACCAUCGACAAGACCAAGAGAGGAACCGUCUUCGUGGGACCUGCUACAAGCUAUGAAACUGACAAGCGAUCGGACUCGUUUUUCCUUGAAGAGGUUGAUAAUCGAGAUGUUUUCACAACCCCUGAACUCAGUGACGAGAUUGACAGACGAGCUGUCUCCACCACCCCAGAAUCCGGCUACAAAGAGAUCGACAGACGAGUUUUCUUCACAGUCCCUGCUUCCGAUGAUGGAGAAAUCGCCAGACGACUUGUCUUCGCCGCCCAUGACUCUGGUAGCGACGAGAUUGAUAGACGAGUUGUAUUCACGGCUCCUGGAUCUGGUGACGACGAGAUCGACAGACGUAGCGACCGAGUCAUCUUCACUGAGCCGGUUACUGCCGAUGAUACUACGGGGGUCCACAAGCGACUUUAUUUCGCUAUACCUUCGUCUUCAUCGGGCGCUGUUGAAGAAGCAGACCCCGACACUGCUGUUCCUCCUCGCGCUGCUGUGUCCAAGAAGUGAG